CGUAACUGCAAGGCUCAAGCACAGCUAAAGUAGACUGGAUUAUGUAACCUGGCAAGCCAAGAAUGUUCGUCCUCGGUACCUUGGGUAGGCGUUUAUUGGCCUGCAACUUGGUCCAUCGCCGGUAACAAGCUCCUUAAGUAAUCACUUUGCAUGUGUAGUGGCUCCUGCGCAGCUAAACCUUUGUGAACCUUUACUUGCUGUCUUCUCGUUGCUCAAGUUUCCGACGGCAAACUAGCGAGCAAAUGCUUCCCAGCUGGUUGGAUAGGUUUCUCAAGAUGGGCGACCGACGGAGAGACGGUUCCAACUAUAUCUGGGAUAUAAUAGUAUUCCUGGGCAUGACUGGCACCGCAUACUUCCUGGGCAGGAACAUCAUAUCGAGCCUCCAAUCAACCCUCGCCGAUCCCGAGAAAGAGAAGCACGAGCAAGCCAGAAUCAAAGCAAAAGCCAAUCUGCAACGGCUACAGAAAUCGCGGGAAUAUGAGGGGGCCGAUGGCGAUGGCAAUGUUUCCGGCGACUCUGUGCGACGAGGGCCACGGAUAGAGGACUUGCAAUUGAACGAGUAUGAAAACAUGGUCGCGCUAGAAGUGGUGCCCCCCGAGGACAUUCCCGUUGGGUUUGACGAUAUCGGCGGGCUGGAAGACAUCAUCGAGGAGGUCAAGGAGUCUGUCAUCUACCCCUUGACUAUGCCACACCUCUAUUCUCAAGGCGGAUCUCUCCUAUCGGCACCAUCCGGCGUCCUACUCUACGGUCCUCCAGGAUGCGGCAAAACCAUGCUGGCCAAGGCUGUCGCUCACGAGAGUGGUGCUUCAUUCAUCAACCUGCACAUAUCUACCUUGACAGAGAAAUGGUAUGGCGAUUCAAACAAGCUGGUCCGUGCCGUUUUCUCUCUCGCGCGCAAGUUGCAACCUGCCAUUGUCUUCAUCGAUGAAAUAGACGCAGUCCUGGGGACUCGAAGAAGCGGCGAGCACGAAGCCAGUGGCAUGGUCAAGGCCGAGUUCAUGACACUAUGGGACGGGUUGACGUCUGCCAACGAACGUGGAACUCCAGCAAGAAUUUGUGUAUUGGGUGCAACCAACCGUAUCCAUGACAUCGACGAAGCCAUCUUGCGGAGAAUGCCCAAGAAAUUCCCUGUUUCAUUACCAGACAAGAGCCAAAGAAUGAGGAUUCUACAACUCAUUCUCAAAGAUACCAAGACCGACCCCAGCUUCAACAUUAACUACAUUGCCAGAGUCACGCAAGGAAUGUCAGGAAGCGACAUCAAGGAGGCUUGCAGGGAUGCCGCAAUGGUGCCAGUUAGGGAAUUCAUCCGGGAGCACAAAGCAAGCGGGAACGCCAUUUCAAGUAUCGAUCCCAAGCGCGUCCGUGGCUUGAAGACGGAGGAUUUCUUUGGUCGAAAGGGCGGAGGCCAGAUCCUCCAGAUGAACCAUAGCCAAGCCAAGUCAUCGAGCGAUGAAUACGAGGAUGUGGAUGAGGAGGAUCCACAGGAAGUCGAGAUAAACGCGUAAACACUAGCUCAAGGCAUGCAGGAAAGGCACUCG